UUCAAUUAGUAAUUAUUGGGUCUUGCAAAAUGAAGGUCUUUACAGUUAUUUUAUUUUGCUUCUUAGCCGCGUUACAGGACCGUGUCGCAGCGCACAACGAUGAAGAAACCAGGGUAGAACUACCCUGGUUGGUUCACCUUCGUUACUCAUGCCUGACGCUCAGAGGACGUCUGAACUCCUGUGUAGGAACUCUCUACAACAACAGAUGGAUUAUUACUGCUGCUUCCUGCUUGUCUGAAUUGAACAUUGACAACUCACUAAUAGAAUCACGUUAUAUAUGGGUCCGAUAUGACGCCCCAAAUGUCUUCAGACCUGGCUUCGUGACAGAAACCACAAAGCUUAAAAUCCACCCUGAGUACGAUUACAAAACUGGAGCCAAUAAUAUUGGUCUCAUUGACAUUGACAGGGAUAUUGAAUUCACAGGUAAGAUAAGACACCGAAAGAUAUCUUUUAAAGAAAUUAUCACGAUCUUUAAUAUUUUAUUAUGUGAUUUUGGAAUAAAACUGUAUGAUUGCCUGUUGGGUAGUAGUAGUAGUAGUUGA